AGAAAAAAAAAACAACGUCGAUUUGAAAAACUCACUGGUGCAUUGUGCAUGCUGACAGUGACAGUAAGACACAACUAGUAGUGAUCUUCUAAAAGUUACGACGUACUGGUCUGUAGUACUUGGUUUGAAGGUAACAUGGAAGCUGACCAUUUUGUUAUGGCUUCCGGAGACCAGGUGCCUCGGAUGCCAGUUUUCCUGAAUCUGAGGAAGGAGACGUUUGACUCAAGUCAAGAGAGAAAUCCAAGACUGAUCACGAAAGCACAUUCGAGACAAAAUUCGGAUCAGACGAUGGAUCCCGAGAGGAGCUUGUUUGAGGUGGAGAGAAUUCGUGGUAAAAGGUACCAGAACGGAAAGGCGUACUACUUGGUCCGCUGGGCUGGCUACGGGCCUGCAGACGACACUUGGGAACCAUUCAGUAACCUGACCCGAGUACUCGACCUGGUCGUCAACUUCGAGGUCCGUUACGUUCUCAAAAAGACCCCGGAUGUGGGAGACACCGCGUUUGAGCACGCCAAAGCCAUCGUCUACAAGCGACUGUAUCGUUUGAUAGACGGGAUGGAGUUUCUCUCAGACGACGACGAGGAAGAAGAAAACAAGAAUGAGAGCUUCUACGAAGAAGAAGAAGACAGGGAUGCUUUGAUAUACACUGGAUUGCCAGAAAACAAUAUCACCACCCUACCACAAGCAAUCGACACGCCGAUGCAAGAAAUAGAUGGAGAGGGGAAUUUGAAUACAGACGGCUGCGUGUGUCCAGAAGCUGAACAAGAAGUGAUCAUACAGGAUACGGAGGAAAAUGUGCAAGAUGGAGAUGAGAGAAUGUCCUGUUUGUUUGAGUCUCCUGAAUUCCUGAGUGUGCAAAAGAAGGAAGUGGAGUUAGAGAAAGAGCCAGAAGAGGCGCUGUUGAAGCUAGAUGGUGACACCGGCACAGGAGAUCAGAGUGAAACAGAGAGUGCCUCUGUCCACGACAACACCACCCCUCUGAAAAACUACUCCACAACGUCGGAGACAGAGCGGGACUUCAUCCAAGACCAGGCGGCAGCAGGAGACGAACCACCGGCCGCGUUCCUCAGCCCUCCUGUCAAGAAAAUGCUACUUCCCAAGAAAGCACGAGACGCCUUGGCGUUGAUUACGAGGAGGUCUGUACGAGUUUUGGCGAAGAUGACCGAACAAGAGUUAAUGGACACAUCGGAAGCUCACACGACGAGUACCGAACCCAAGUCGGAAGCGAAGCCGAACAUCACGCCCAAGAAGAGUUUUUCAACGUCAGAUCUGAUACAGAAAAAGAAAACGCCGUCCAAGAGGAAACCAACACCGCCCCGCCAAAAAAGAGACUUGUCUCAGGCUUCAAAGGAGCGUUGUUCCCCGGGGAAGAUUACCUCAUUACGUCACACAUACAGACCCCCCGCGAAUGGCUACGAGUAUAUAACCGUUAGGAAGGAGCAUGGUCACGUGGCCAUCAUUUUCCCAGGGGACAUGCCGCCACGUGCUAUGUUGAGACCAGAGGCCUUUGCCGAACUGACCAAUGCGCUCCGGGUAGCCGACUCCGACAACAACUGUAAGAUUGUGACGGUUACAGGUUGCGCCCGCGUGUUCUGCGCAGGCGUGGACCUGACGUAUUUGGUUGGGUCUGACUUGGCAGGACGGAGAAAUGCAGUCAGGAAGCAUGACGUCAACAACAUGGCGGAAAAGUUGAGGGAUGCCGUUGACGCCAUUAUCAACUUGUCUAAACCAUUGGUGUCCUUGGUAAACGGAUUGGCGAGAGGUUUCGGCACUGCGCUAGUGGCGCUCAGUGAUAUUGCCUACGCCAGCGAGAGGGCACUGUUUGAGACGCCGUACGCCACACUACUACAGACACCGGAGGGGUGUGCUUCUCUCACACUGCCGAGUAUUGUCGGGCCCGCUAUGGCUAAAGACAUGUUGAUGAUGGGGAGGACGCUGUCUGCAGAGGAGGCCUACAAGGCGGGACUAGUCUCACAGGUCUACAUACACGAGUUCUUCAUCCAUGAACUCAAACCUACCGUGCCAGAGGGCUUGAUUGACAAGCCACUGUCGAUUAUUCGUCAAACCAAGAAGAUGGUGCAGAGACACCUGGGUAGGUACGACCUACAGGAGUGUAACGAGGACGAAUACGGGAACCUACGCGAUUCCUGGCAGGCCGAGGAGUGCUGCAAGGCCAUCCUGGCGUACGUGGAGAGGGAGCGCUUGUGA